CAACUCCUCCGAUCAGCUGUCUUUCGUGUUGAAUUCAAUUCCUCUCUAUGCCGGGGAUGAAUGCACCAAUGAGGAGCCUGACCGGUAUGCCUGAUCGCAUGUUAUGUGCAGUGCUGGAGCAAUUUCAGCUUUACUUUUCCCGUUGAUCCACUCUCUCUAUAGCACAGCGAGCCCAAGCAUGCUGAAGAGGAAGCAGAGCUCGCGGGUCGAGGCCCAGCCCAUGACCGAUUUUGGGCCAGAUGAAACACUGACAGACAGUGCUGACAUUCUUUGGAUCAACAAACCAUGGGUGCAUUCUCUCCUGCGGGCCUGUGCCAUAAUUAGUGUCAUUUCGGUGUGUAUGAAUACACCUAAGACCUUUGAGCACUACCCGCCCCUGCAGUAUGUCACCUUCGCCCUGGACACGCUGCUAAUGUUCCUCUACACUGCAGAGAUGAUCGCCAAAAUGCAUAUCAGGGGCAUCAUCAAGGGAGAGAACUCCUAUGUUAAAGACCGCUGGUGCAUGUUUGAUGGCUUUAUGGUGGUCUUCCUCUGGGUCUCUCUUGUGCUUCAGGUGUUUGAAAUAGCAGAGAUUGUGGACCAAAUGUCACCCUGGGGAAUGUUACGUAUACCGAGGGCCCUCAUUAUGAUCCGAGCCUUUCGAAUCUACUUCCGAUUUGAACUGCCGCGUACCCGCAUAACCAACAUUCUCAAACGGUCAGGGGAGCAGAUCUGGAGUGUGUCCAUAUUUUUGCUCUUCUUCCUGCUCCUGUAUGGAAUCCUGGGGGUUCAGAUGUUUGGAACCUUUAAUCAUCACUGCGUCACCAAUGAUACACAGAAAGGUAAUGUGACAUGGAACAGCCUGGCGAUCCCUGAUACACACUGCUCUCCGAAUGGGGAGGGUUAUCAGUGUCCGGCGGGGUUUAAGUGUGUGGAUCUGGAAGACUUGGGACUCAGCAGACAAGAACUUGGAUACAGUGGCUUCAAUGAGCUUGGCACCAGUAUAUUCACUGUAUAUGAGGCUGCGUCUCAGGAGGGAUGGGUCUUCAUCAUGUAUCGAGCCAUUGACAGCUUCCCACGCUGGCGCUCAUAUUUCUACUUCAUCACGCUCAUCUUCUUCCUUGCCUGGCUGGUCAAGAACGUGUUCAUCGCUGUGAUUAUAGAAACAUUUGCUGAGAUCAGAGUGCAGUUCCAGCAGAUGUGGGGGUCCCGGAGCAGCACCACGUCAACAGCUACUACACAGAUGUUUCACGAGGAUGCGUCUGGAGGAUGGCAGCUCGUGGCAGUCGACGUGAAUAAACCACAUGGCCGGGCGCCUGCUUGCCUCCAGCAACUGAUGCGAUCUUCAGUUUUCCACAUGUUCAUCCUCAGUAUGGUGGCCGUUGAUGUGAUUGUAGCUGCUAGCAAUUACCACAAGGGUGAGGACCAUAAACUCACCAAUGAUGAGUUCUACCUGGCUGAGGUCGCCUUCACUGUGCUGUUUGAUUUGGAAGCUCUGCUGAAAAUCUGGUGUUUGGGCUUCACUGGCUACAUCAGUUCCUCUCUACACAAGUUUGAGUCUUUGCUUGUAGUGGGCACCACCCUGCACAUCUACCCUGAUCUCUACCACUCGCAGUUCACCUACUUCCAGGUUUUGCGAGUGGUCCGUCUAAUAAAGAUCUCUCCGGCACUGGAAGACUUUGUGUAUAAGAUUUUCGGUCCAGGGAAGAAACUCGGCAGUCUAGUGGUGUUCACUGCCAGUCUGCUCAUAGUGAUGUCUGCCAUCAGUCUGCAGAUGUUCUGCUUUGUGGAGGACUUGGAUCGUUUCACCACAUUUCCACGGGCAUUUAUGUCCAUGUUCCAGAUUCUUACGCAGGAGGGAUGGGUGGAUGUCAUGGACCAAACUCUGGUGGCAGUGGGACAGAUGUGGGCUCCAGUGGUGGCCAUAUACUUCAUUCUCUACCACCUGUUUGCCACACUGAUCCUUCUGAGUCUUUUUGUGGCUGUUAUUUUGGACAAUCUUGAGUUGGAUGAAGACUUGAAAAAGUUAAAACAGCUGAAACAGAGCGAAGCCAAUGCUGAUACAAAAGAGAAACUUCCUUUGCGAUUACGGAUCUUUGAGAAGUUCCCCAAUCGACCACAGAUGGUGAAAAUCUCCAAACUGCCAUCAGACUUCACUGUGCCCAGAAUCAGGGAGAGCUUCAUGAAGCAGUUCAUCGACCGACAGCAGCAGGACCCCAGCUGUCUGUUCCGUCGCCUUCCCUCAGCAUCGUCCUCAUCCUGCGACCAUUCCAAGAGGUCUGCCAUUGAGGAUAAUAAAUACAUAGAUCAGAAGCUCCGAAAGUCAGUAUUUAGCAUCCGGGCCCGUAACCUCAUGGAAAAGGAAACCACUGUCAAUAAAAUUCUGCGAGCCUGCACUAGACAACGUAUGCUGAGUGGCUCUUUUGAGGGUCAGCCAACUAAAGAGAGAUCCAUACUCAGUGUCCAGCAUCACAUCCGCCAAGAACGCCGGUCCCUCAGACACGGCUCUACCAGCCAGAGAAUCAGCAGAGGGAAAUCCCUGGAAACACUCACUCAAGAUCACUCCAGCACGGUCCGCUACCGUAACGCCCAGCGGGAGGACAGUGAAAUCAAGAUGAUACAAGAGAAAAAGGAGCAGGCUGAGAUGAAACGAAAAGUCCAAGAGGAGGAACUCCGGGAAAACCAUCCGUACUUUGACAAGCCACUCUUCAUCGUUGGUAGAGAGCAUCGCUUCCGAAACUUUUGCCGAAUGAUUGUGCGGGCCCGUUUCAAUGCGUCAAAAACGGAUCCCAAUACAGGCGCAGUGAACAGCACAAAAUACCAUCAAUUAUAUGAUUUGCUGGGCUUGGUAACCUAUCUGGACUGGGUGAUGAUCGUGGUCACCAUCUGCUCUUGUAUUUCCAUGAUGUUUGAGUCCCCUUUUACUAGGGUCAUGCAUGUCCCUACCCUGCAGAUUGGAGAAUACGUCUUUGUCAUCUUCAUGAGCAUUGAGCUGAACCUGAAGAUCAUGGCAGAUGGUCUGUUCUUCACUCCUACUGCAGUCAUCCGAGACUUCGGUGGCGUCAUGGACAUCUUCAUCUACUUAGUCAGUCUGAUCUUUCUAUGCUGGCUACCAAACAAUGUGCCUCCUGAGUCUGGUGCCCAGCUCCUCAUGAUGCUACGCUGCCUACGGCCACUGCGUAUCUUUAAACUGGUGCCCCAAAUGAGGAAGGUGGUUCGAGAGGUCCUCAAGGGUUUCAAAGAGAUCUUCCUGGUCUCUAUUCUUCUUCUGACACUAAUGCUGGUGUUUGCAACCUUCGGGGUGCAACUCUUUGCUGGAAAACUUGCCAAAUGUAAUGAUCCCCAUAUCUCCAGUAAGGAGGACUGCCACGGCAUCUUUAGAAUCAAUGUGAGCAUUUCAAAGAACCUGAAUUUAAAGCUCAGGCCAGGCGAGAAGAAACCAGGAUUCUGGGUGCCAAGAGUUUGGGCAAACCCUCGAAACUUCAAUUUCGAUAAUGUAGGCAACGCCAUGCUGGCUCUGUUUGAGGUGCUGUCACUGAAGGGUUGGGUGGAGGUGAGAGACGUCAUCAUACACAGAGUGGGACCGAUUCAUGGCAUCUACAUCCACGUCUUUGUGUUCUUGGGCUGUAUGAUCGGGCUCACUCUUUUUGUUGGUGUUGUCAUAGCCAACUUUAAUGAAAAUAAGGGCACUGCUCUUUUGACCGUGGAUCAGAGGAGAUGGGAAGAUUUGAAAAGUCGACUGAAGAUUGCUCAGCCCCUCCACCUCCCCCCACGUCCAGAAAACGGUGGAUUCCGUGCAAAAAUGUAUGAUAUUACCCAACAUCCUUUUUUCAAGCGAGGUAUUGCAGUACUGGUGUUAGCACAGUCUGUCCUCCUGUCUGUUAAGUGGGAUGAAGUUGACCCGGUUACUUUUCCUUUGGCCACAAUGUCUGUGGUUUUCACUUUAAUUUUUGUUCUGGAGGUGACUAUGAAGCUGAUAGCUAUGUCACCAGUACACAUUUUAUCAUUUAAAUUUAAUAUUCAUUGUUUUCAUUUUUGUUUUUUACUUUUGUUUUUGUUGAUUUAAAUGUGCAUUAUGCUGUAAAUAAUUGAAUUUCUUUUUCUUCAGAAUGCUUACACAUACAUGAUGGGCACAUGUGUGAUUGUAUUCCGGUUUUUCACCAUAUGUGGGAAGCAUGUGACGUUAAAGAUGCUUUUGCUAACUGUGGUCGUCAGCAUGUACAAGAGUUUCUUUAUUAUCGUGGGCAUGUUCUUGUUGUUGCUGUGCUAUGCUUUCGCCGGUGUCGUCCUUUUCGGCACUGUCAAAUACGGCGAGAACAUUAACAGGCACGCAAACUUCUCCACCGCGGGGAAAGCCAUCACUGUACUGUUUCGAAUAGUCACAGGUGAAGACUGGAAUAAGAUCAUGCAUGACUGCAUGGUGCAGCCGCCAUUCUGCACCCCAGACAAACAUCGCUACUGGGAAACGGACUGCGGCAACUAUGCUGGCGCCCUCAUUUACUUUUGCUCCUUCUAUGUCAUCAUCGCUUACAUCAUGCUCAACCUGCUCGUAGCCAUCAUUGUGGAGAAUUUCUCUUUGUUCUACUCCACUGAGGAGGACCAGUUGCUAAGCUACAACGACCUGCGUCACUUCCAGAUCAUUUGGAACAUGGUGGAUGACAAGCGGGAGGGAUUGAUUCCGACCUCUCGGGUGAAGUUUCUGCUCCGUCUGCUGAGGGGUCGUCUGGAAGUUGACCUGGACAAAGACAAGCUUCUCUUCAAACACAUGUGUUAUGAGAUGGAGCGUCUGCACAAUGGAGGAGAUGUCACCUUCCAUGAUGUACUGAGCAUGCUGUCGUACCGCUCAGUUGAUAUCCGGAAGAGUCUUCAGCUGGAGGAGCUGUUGGCGCGAGAGCAGCUUGAAUACACUAUAGAGGAGGAGGUGGCCAAACAAACCAUCCGCAUGUGGUUAAAGAAGUGCCUGAAACGCAUACGAGCCAAGCAGCAGCAGUCAUGUAGCAUCAUUCUCAGUCUGAGAGAGAGCCAACAGCAGGACCUCCGACGCCUGCUCAACCCUCCCAGCAUUGAGACCACCGUCCCCAGUGAGGACACCAACGCCCAUAACCAAGACAAUCCCACUCAGCCAGAGAACAGCGGCCUGCAGACCUUACUGAGCCCCACCCUGUCAGACCGCAGCGGCUACCGACAGGACUCUGCCGACCGACCCCAGAGGAAGCUGGGACAGUGGCGACUGCCUGCAGGGCGCACGAGCGUGAAGUCCAUGGUGUGUAAGAUGAACCCUGUGAGUGAUGAGGCCUCCUCGGGGUCUGAAGUCAAAAAGUGGUGGACUCGCCAGCUGACAGUGGAAAGUGAUGAAAGCGGCGAUGACCUCAUUGAUAUCUGAAGCAAAACGGCUUGCUAAUUUCCCAGCCUUUCCUCUUAAGAAAGGAUCAUUCAGCUAAAUCUUUUGUAUUGGCUUCUAAUAUGGCAUAAGAAAUGAUCCUUUGUAUUAGCUUAACGUAGGUGUUUCUACGCUGCUCAAAGCAUCACCUGCACCCGUUCAAGCCACCUUUUGCUUAUUCAAACUAAGACAUUAAUGUCGGUUUCAACCAUGUUGAUGCUCCCUCUACUGUAGUGGAAAAUUUUCAGUGAGCAUUGUUUCGUCAAUGAGAAAUAUCUUUGAUGAAAGAGCAGCUGUAAUGUGUCCUCAGGAAGUUUAUGUAACGUAAUAUAAGAGUCUAAUAAUCUGAAAUCUAGAUGUAAUGGUUAGGGAAUUCACAUGCUUCAUGUGACACACCUAACCAAAGCCAUAGCGUUCUCCUUGUUUGUCUUUGUGCCACCAUAAUUUGUCUUCAUUACAUGGGUGUUUGUAAGAUCCACAGUUAUCUUGUGUUGUAAAACUGUGGGUUUGCAGUUUAUAAAAUGCAAACACUUGUAUACAUUAUGGCAAGACAGUGAAUGUAACUGUAUUAUGUGUCUAUGUGACUGUGAUUUUUCCAGAUGUUUAAUUAUUAUAAUAAAGCUACAUAUGUAAGUUCUAAGAUGAAUUUAAAUAAUAUAUUGAAAUAAUGUACUUAAUAUAUUUUGUAAAAAUGAAA